AUGAAGACGUCGCUAGAAUGCGAGAGAGCCGAGACCGCCGACAGCGGCGGGAAAGGCAGAAUAUCAUUUAGCGUUGACUCACUCCUCGGCAGCAAAACGGAUAUACCUCCGAAAGAAACUACUGACACGAAUAGCAAUGACGCGGAAAGUACUGAUGCAGCGCCGGAGACGGACGAUAGUGAUGUGGACAUUGAAGAUGUUGACUCAAAUGUCGACGAGAGAGAAGAGCGAGACCCUGGUGGGGAGGGUGAGGAGUUGGAGACCAGGGGAGGCGUGGUUGUACCUCAACCACUGCUACCAAGAUUGUACCAAGGACCGCCGCCGCAUUCGUGGCCGUUUGGAGCCUUUCCAUGGAUGGCGCCAAAUCCUAUGUUCAGAGCGGGAUCUCCGAACAGUAAGUUAUUUUCAACUGUUAUUAGUUAUUAA